AUCAUCCCGUACAUUCAAGAUCUAGAAAGUGCGCUGCCGUGAUGCUGUGCAAUGUGCUACGAAUGGGUGUGAAAAGUGAAAAGUAACGGUGGCCUAAUAGCAUGUCUUCAGUACUCGACUUUAAAAUAAGAAAAUCAUUCAUCAAAUUACUUCUCGCUUCUCGCUAGAAACUAAAGAGGAUAAUUUCAUAGUUGAUUAAUCAAUGGCUUAUUUCAAUUUUAUAGUUGGAUCUUAUACUUAAAAAAAUGAAAUAACCAUAGGAGUGUUCACCUGAAAGUUUUUCCAGAUUACUCAGUAUCAAUAAGCAAAAUACUCUAAAAUGGUAAUACACACGAUACAUAGGAUAGUUUGGUUAGCAUCAGUAUUUAUAGCAGUAUUAUCAGAGGAUCCUUUUUCAUGUUCCAUAGGAUGGGAAUUGAGAGGGCUUAACUGUUACAAAUAUUUUAGUGUAAAGCACUCGUGGGAAAAGGCCGCAGAGUUAUGUAAACGAUACGGAGCAGAAUUAGCUACUAUAGAGUCUUUUGAAGAAAAUGAAGCAACGCGUGAUAUUGCUUUGUUCGGCGAAUCUAGAGGUCGAACAUCAAACAUGUACUGGCUUGGCUUAGCCUCGUUGGACGACCUGCGCACAAAUACGCUAGAGUCCACUUCGGGAGGAUUGGUGUCGCAAUACUCCGGAUUCUGGGCUCUUAAGCAACCAAACCCCAGAGAUGGCGAAUGCGUAGUUGCUUCGAAUCUCAAUAAUACUCAAACUUGGCAGCUGGAAACGUGCGAAAACCUCCUGCCAUUCAUGUGCAAACGCGCAUCUUGUCCUCAAAAUUCAGUCCUCUGCUCGAAUGGAGUUUGCUUGAAUCAGGCCUUCAAAUGCGAUGGAAAUGACGAUUGCGGUGACGGUAGCGACGAGCUCGAUUGUCCAAAUUCAUGUCACUACCACAUGCAAUCGGGAGGAGAUGUAAUUGAGUCACCCAGUUUUCCACAGAAGUACCCAGCACUAAGCAGCUGUAAAUGGACGCUUGAGGGGCCACAAGGCACUAACAUUAUUCUCCAAUUUCAAGAAUUCGAUACUGAGAAAAAUUUUGAUACUGUUCAAAUACUGGUAGGUGGUCGAACCGAAGACAAAUCAGUUUCCUUAGCAGCUAUAUCAGGGAAAAAUGAUCUAACGAGCAAGCCAUUUAUCACGGCUUCCAAUUUCAUGAUUAUCAAAUUCACAUCUGAUGGAAGCGUUGAACGGAAAGGUUUCAGAGCAACAUGGAAAACUGAACCACAAACCUGCGGGGGUACAUUGCAGGCGACUACUCAAGGUCAAACCUUGAAUAGCCCUGGAUACCCUCGGAGCUACCCGGGUGGCCUUGAGUGCUUGUACGUGAUUAAAGCACAAAAUGGAAAAGUUAUUUCACUAGAGCUACAUGAUCUUGAGCUAAACGAAGAUACAGAUUACAUUCUGGUUAGAGAUGGAGAUAAUGCACACAGCAAACCAGUAGCACGAUUGACGGGAACUUCUGUCGAUGAUCGCAACAAGGUGAUAAUAUCUACCGGUAACAAGCUGUACAUAUACUUCAAGACAGCUUUGGGCGAAACGAAAAAAGGUUUUAGUUUAAAAUAUGUACAAGGUUGUGCCGCUACGGUUGCAGCAGAAAAUGGUACUAUCAACUCUCCUGCCUAUGGUCUAUCGAAAUAUCCAAACAAUCAAGAAUGCUUUUUCAAAAUUAAAAAUCCCAAGGGAGGACCAUUGUCUCUUCGAUUUAGUUACUUCAAUGUCCACAAAAGCGAUAAAGUGCAAAUAUUUGACGGAUCUUCUACUUCUGGAUUACGCCUUCAUCCAGGCGAGGGUUUCACCGGAAGCACUGUUCCAAAAAUUACUCUGACCGCUUCAUCAGGCAACAUACUGGUUAAAUUUGUAACCGACGCUCUGCACAACGAUAAGGGGUGGUUAGCCGAAUACUCUGCCGACUGUCCGGAUUUGAAACCGGGUAUUGGGGCUUUGGCCUCCAGCAGAGAUACUGCAUUUGGAACGGUAGUUACGUUCACUUGCCCAAUUGGACAGGAAUUCGCAACUGGCAAACAUAAAAUAAUUACGACUUGCCAAGAUGGUGGUACUUGGAGUAUAGAUUAUAUUCCAAAAUGUCAAGAGGUAUACUGUGGUCCUGUUCCACAAAUUGAUAACGGCUUCUCGAUUGGUUCCACAAAUGUGACUUAUCGGGGUGUGGCUAUGUAUCAGUGCUAUGCCGGUUUUGCGUUCGCUUCAGGAUCAUCGAUUGAAAAAAUUUCUUGUCUGGCUGAUGGAAAUUGGGAAAGGCAACCGUCAUGUCUCGCUUCACAGUGUCCAGUGCUGCAAGAGGUUCCCCAUGCCAAUGUUACUAUUUUGAACGGAGGAGGACGCAGCUAUGGCACAAUAGUUAGCUAUCAAUGUGAACCAGGUUAUCAACGCAGAGGCCAGCCCGUUCUGAUAUGUAUGUCAAACGGAACAUGGAGCAGUCCAGUACCCACCUGCGCUAGGAAAAGAUGCUACAAAUUUCCAGAGAUUGAAAAUGGAUUCUUCGUGGAUCGGACUCGCCAAUAUUUCUUCGGAGAUGAAGCACGAAUUCAAUGCUAUAAAGGUUAUAAACAAAUUGGUUCGAAUAUAGUUAAAUGCAAUGAGGAGCAAGAAUUUGAUAACUUGCCAUCAUGUGAAGAUAUCAACGAAUGUUUGGCAUCACCAUGCGAUCUUGCGUCUACUGAGUGUACGAAUACACCGGGGUCGUUUUAUUGCCAGUGUAAAGCAGGAUUUUCACCAUCAACCGAAUGCAGACCUGUGGGAGAUCUUGGACUGGCUACAGGGGGUAUAUCCGAGAACAGUAUUUCUGUUUCAUCCACUGAAGAUGGUUAUGACAAGUCGAUGCUGCGACUCAAUUCGGCUGGCUGGUGUGGCAAUUCGAUGGAUCCCGGUGCCAAUUGGGUGAUGAUAGAUUUUAAGGCACCAACCAUUGUUAGAGGAUUCCGAACUAUGUCAGUGCAACGUUUCGAUGGCAGCUUGGCAUUUACGUCAGCCAUUCGCAUUCAAUACACGAACGACACAACCGAUGUAUUUAAGGAUUAUGCCAAUCCCGACGGGACAGCAGUAGAGUUUAGAAUCUUGGAGCCAACUCUUUCCAUCUUGAAUCUUCCAAUUCCUAUUGAAGCUCAAUAUGUGCGAUUCCGAUUGCAAGAUUUUGUCGUUGCUCCUUGUCUCAAACUGGAAGUGAUGGGAUGCACUCGCAUAGAUUGCAUUGACAUCAAUGAGUGUGCUACUAAAAAUGGUGGAUGUCGUCAAAAAUGUAUAAAUUCACCAGGGUCAUAUUCCUGCGCUUGUAAUACUGGAUAUGAACUUUUUGCUGCGAACGGCACAGCAGGAUAUUCCAUCGAGAGUACUGAAACCGGAAAUCGCGACGGUGAUGUAUACCAACUUAACAAAUCGUGCGUUCCUGUUAUGUGCCCUCCGUUGAGUGCCCUUGAAAAUGGAAAGCUUCUGACUGAUCAAAAAGACUAUCAUUUUGGUGAUGUAGCCCAGUUCCAGUGUAAUUUUGGCUACGUUAUUUCAGGAAGCACUUCUCUUUUAUGUAUGUCAACUGGAGAAUGGAACUCAACGGUACCAGAGUGCAUAUAUGCUAAGUGCGUAUCAUUACCAGACGAUAAAAAUGAAGGGUUAACCGUUCUUCGCCAGGACAAAGACAGUAUAUUAAUACCAUUUAGAGAAAAUGCUACGCUCACCUGCAACAUGCCAGGACGACAACUGAGGAAUGCUGUAUCUGCUGGUUUUCGGCAAUGCGUCUAUGACCCAAAACCCGGUUAUCCAGAUUACUGGCUAUCUGGUACAAUUCCAUCAUGUCCACGAGUGGACUGUGGUGAACCAAUGCCAACACCAGGUGCAGUGUACGGUCAGCGUGGGGAUACAAGAUAUCAGAGUUCUUUCUUUUUUGGUUGCCAGAAUACAUUCAAAUUAGCAGGUCAAAGUUUAAAGAAUGACAACGUUGUAAGGUGUAUGGAAGAUGGAAUCUGGGACUUUGGCGAUCUCCGCUGUGAGGGCCCUGUAUGUGAAGAUCCAGGAAGACCUAGUGAUGGUUACCAAAUAAGUAAAAGCUAUGAACAAGGCUCAGAAAUACUAUUCGUCUGUUCGCGUCCAGGAUACAUUCUCAUUAACCCAAGACCCAUUACUUGUAUAAGAGAACCCGAGUGUAAAGUUAUCAAACCACUUGGAUUAACUUCUGGAAGAAUUCCGGACAGUGCGAUUAAUGCUACUUCAGAGCGGCCUAACUAUGAGGCCAAGAACAUUCGAUUGAACUCUGUUACCGGAUGGUGCGGUAAACAGGAAGCGUUCACAUAUGUUAGCGUUGAUCUAGGAAAGGUUAAUAGAAUAAAAGCAAUUCUCGUCAAAGGUGUCGUUACCAAUGAUAUUGUCGGAAGACCAACUGAGAUAAGAUUCUUUUAUAAACAAGCUGAAAAUGAAAAUUACGUCGUUUAUUUCCCGAAUUUCAAUCUGACGAUGAGAGAUCCUGGUAAUUACGGAGAAUUAGCGAUGAUCACACUCCCGAAAUUCGUUCAAGCUCGUUUUGUCAUUCUGGGUAUUGUUAGUUAUAUGGAUAACGCUUGCCUAAAAUUCGAAUUGAUGGGAUGCGACGAACCUACCGCAGAUCCUCUACUUGGUUAUGAUUACGGCUAUUCGCCUUGUGUAGACAACGAGCCUCCAGUUUUCCAGAAUUGUCCUCAACAACCGAUAAUUGUCCGAAGGGAUCAGAAUGGAGCCAUUAUGCCUGUCAAUUUCACGGAACCAGUAGCUAUCGAUAAUUCGGGAUCCAUUGCUAGGCUAGAAGUUAAACCUCAGAGCUUUAAAACUCCAUCGUUCGUCUUCCAAGAUACCAUUGUGAAAUACGUUGCAUUUGACUACGAUGGAAACGUAGCUAUUUGUGAGAUCAAUAUAACAGUUCCAGAUAUAACACCACCAACAUUGAGCUGUCCACAAAGCUUUGUCAUUGAACUUGUUGAUAAACAAGACAGCUACGUAGUAAAUUUCAACGAAACACGCAAACGAAUUAAAGUUUCAGAUAAUUCUAACGAUGUAUCCAUUCAAUACAUGCCGGAAAGCGCAACAAUACCUAUUGGAGGGUUUGAAAAUGUUACUGUGAUCGCUACAGACAAGUUCAAUAACAAAGCCACAUGCAAUUUCCAAGUUUCAGUGCAGGCCACACAAUGUGUAUAUUGGGAUUUACAGCCUCCAGCGAACGGUGAUAUCAACUGUAAGACAACUGAUAAAGGCGUUGAUUGCACUGCCACUUGUAAACCGGGAUUCCGUUUCACUGAUGCUGACACCAUGAAAAAAAUCUCUUGUGAAACUAAACGGCUCUGGAAACCAUCGUCAGUCGUGCCCGAUUGUGUUUCUGAAAAUACUCAACAAGCUGAUUACCAUGUAACAGCUACAACAAUUUACAGAGCCAACGGUGCUGUUGCUUCAUCAUGCUUACCACAAUAUCAGGAUAUGUUGAGCCAAUAUUAUCCAAAUUUAAAUAAUAUUCUUUCACAAAGAUGUUCUGCUGUGAAUGUCAACAUGAAUGUAUCGUUUAUCAAAUCAAUUCCAAAGCUCUUGGAUGAAAAUAUGAUUCAAAUAGAUUUCAUCUUAUCCAUCAUUCCGGCAAUCAAGCAGCCUCAGCUGUACGAUCUUUGUGGAUCUACCUUGCAUUUAAUUUUUGAUUUGAGUGUACCUUAUGCUAGUGCUGUGAUCGAACCGAUUUCUAACGUAUCGGCUAUUGGAAAUCAAUGUCCACCUUUGCGAGCCCUGAAGAGUUCGAUCGCUCGUGGAUUUACAUGCAGCGCAGGAGAAGUUCUGAACAUGGAUACCAAUGACGUGCCAAGAUGCCUGCAUUGUCCAGCUGGUACAUACGCUGGUGAAAAUCAGCAAACAUGUACACCUUGUCCUAAAGGUUUCUAUCAGAACCGAGAACGGCAAGAAUCGUGUCUUAAAUGCCCUACAGGGACAUAUACCCGGGAGGAUGGAUCCAAAGCCAUCAGCGCUUGUGUACCUGUCUGUGGAUAUGGAACGUACUCGCCAACGGGUUUGGUUCCCUGCUUGGAAUGUCCAAUCAACUCAUUUUCAAGCGAACCACCUACAGGAGGAUUCAAAGAUUGUCAAGCAUGUCCUAUAGGAACAUUCACGUUCCAACCUGCAGCUCAAUCAAUUGAUCAAUGCCGCAAGAAGUGUUCUGCAGGCCAAUAUUCUCCCACGGGUCUGGCUCCGUGCUCACCUUGUCCGAAAAACUUCUACCAAAACGUUGAGGGUAUGCUGACUUGUAGUGAAUGUCCUACGGGGAUGAAAACAGACGGCGUGGGAGCUACAGGUCGAGAAGAAUGCAAACCAGUUAUGUGCAAUGAAAAUUCAUGUAAACAUGGCGGACUUUGCGUACCUAUGGGCCAUGAAGUGCAAUGUUUCUGCCCAGCAGGAUUCUCCGGUCGUCGUUGUGAAAUUGACAUUGACGAAUGUGCUUCUCAGCCAUGUUAUAAUGGAGGCACCUGCAAAGAUGUACCGCAAGGAUACAAAUGUAUUUGUGCACCAGGCUACUCCGGAAUCAACUGUCAGGAAGAAAAAAGCGAUUGUAGCAAUGAUACUUGUCCUUCGAGAGCAAUGUGCAAAGAUGAACCCGGUUUCAAUAAUUUCACAUGUCUAUGUCGCAGCGGGUACACCGGAGAUGAAUGUGAUAUCACGAUCGAUCCUUGCACUGCUAACGGUAAUCCGUGCAAGAACGAUGCCAGUUGUGUAUCGUUGCAACAGGGUCGAUUCAAGUGUGAAUGUCUGCCGGGAUGGGAGGGUCAACUUUGCGAAGUCAAUACGGACGAUUGCGCUGAGAGCCCAUGUUUAUUGGGAGCAAAUUGCACAGAUCUUGUAGAUGAUUUCAGUUGUGCAUGCCCUAGUGGGUUUACCGGAAAACGAUGCCAGGAAAAAAUUGAUCUUUGCUUAUCAGAGCCAUGCAAUCAUGGAAUGUGCAUCGAUAGAUUUUUCUAUCACGAGUGUGUCUGUAUGCCAGGAUGGACUGGUGAGUCAUGUAAUAUAAAUAUUAAUGAUUGUUCCAGCGAUCCAUGUCAAAAUAAUGGAGACUGCAUUGACUUGAUCGACGGAUACCAGUGUAACUGUGAACCCGGAUAUACUGGCAAGAAUUGUCAGCAUUUUAUCGACGACUGCUCUAGUAAUCCGUGCCAGAAUGGAGCUUCGUGCGUCGACCAGCUCGAUGGUUUCCAGUGUAAAUGUAGGCCAGGAUUUGUUGGUUUGCAAUGUGAAACCGAAAUUGACGAGUGCCUGAGUGAUCCUUGUAAUCCAACGGGAACCGAACGCUGUCUAGAUAGGGAUAAUACAUAUGUGUGUUCAUGCCGUGAUGGAUACACCGGUGCCUUGUGUGAAACAGACAUCGAUGAUUGCGAGGGUUCUCCUUGCCUCAAUGGAGGCACUUGUCAGGAUAGGGUGGGAGCUUUUGAAUGUGAAUGUCCUGUGGGAUGGACCGGUUGGCAGUGUGAGAAACUGAUCACAAGUUGUGAUCAGUCACAUCCUUGCAAAAAUGACGCACGCUGUAUUGAUCUGUUUGAAGAUUAUUUCUGUGUCUGUCCAAGUGGCACAGAUGGCAAACAAUGUGAAACGGCCCCUGACCGCUGCAUCGGUAAUCCCUGCAUGAAUGGAGGUAAAUGUAAGGACUAUGGAUCUGGUUUGAAUUGUUCAUGCUCCGUUGAUUUCAUUGGCGUUGGAUGUCAGUACGAAUAUGAUGCCUGUGAAGCAAAAUCGUGCAAAAAUGGAGCUACUUGCAUAGAUCAUGGCAGUGGAUACAAAUGCAUUUGCCCACCCGGAUUUACCGGCGUCAAUUGCGAUGAAGAUAUUGUAGAUUGUAAAGACAAUUCAUGCCCACCUGGAGCUACCUGUAUUGAUUUAACUGAUGGAUUCUACUGUCAAUGUCCAUUCAAUUUGACCGGUGAUGAUUGUAGAAAAACUAUUCAAGUGGACUACGAUCUCUACUUCAGCGAUCCAUCGAGGUCAUCUGCAUCUCAAGUGGUUCCAUUCUAUACAGGAUCUGCAGACAGCUUCACCCUCGCAUUGUGGGUGCAAUUCUCCCAAAAAGAUGACACAGGCAUUUUUGCAACUUUAUACGCAGUGAAUUCACCACAUGAUAUCAUGGAGCGACGUGUAAUUCUACAGGCACACUCAAGCGGUGUUCAAGUUUCCCUGUUCCCGGAUAUACAGGACGCAUUCCUGGCAUUCAGAGAAUACACCACUAUAAAUGAUGGCCAAUGGCAUCACGUGGCCGUCGUUUGGGAUGGUAAAACUGGCCAGCUACAGUUGAUAACCGAAGGACUGAUCGCGGGCCGCGCUGAGUAUGGUGCUGGUCGCACUCUACCGGAUUACGCGUGGAGCGUUUUGGGUCAUCCAGCUGUGAAGCCAAAUGAAACAAAUUCAGUAGCAUACAACGAGAUAGGAUUUCAGGGUAAAAUUACAAAGGCACAGAUUUGGAGCAGGGCUUUGGAUAUUACCUCAGAAAUUCAAAAACAAGUCAGAGACUGUCGAAGCGAACCAGUUCUGUAUCGCAAUCUAAUUCUUAACUGGGCCGGCUACGAGGAUACCGUUGGCGGUAUAGAACGUUCAGUACCUUCGUCCUGUGGCAGAAAAAAAUGUCAAUCAGGCUAUACCGGGGCGCAAUGUAGGCAAUUAGAAAGUGACAAAGAACCACCAAAAGCAGAACACUGUCCAGAUGAUCUUUGGAUUAUAGCCAAGAAUGGAUCAUCCAUAGUAACUUGGGAUGAACCACAUUUUACUGACAAUGUUGGCGUUACUAAAAUAAUUGAGAGAAACGGUCGACGAUCUGGACAAAGCUUCCUAUGGGGUGAUUACGAAAUCACGUACAUCGCAUAUGACGCUGCAGGUAAUACAGCUAGUUGUAGCUUCAGGAUAACACUGUCGUCAGAUUUCUGUCCUCCUCUAUCUGACCCGAUUGGUGGAUCUCAAAACUGUAAAGAUUGGGGUGCUGGCGGUCAAUUCAAAGUGUGCACCAUAGCAUGUAACGCCGGAAUGAAAUUCUCGGAAGUUGUUCCCGAGUUCUACACCUGUGGUGCAGAAGGCUUCUGGCGACCAACAGAAGAUCCAUCAACACCCCUCGUAUAUCCUUCAUGUUCACCUGCAAGACCAGCACAACGUAUUUUCCGAAUUCAAAUGUUAUUCCCGUCAGAUGUACUUUGUAACGAGGCUGGUCAGGGGGUUUUGCGGCAAAAGGUGAAAAAUGCAGUUAAUGCAUUGAAUAGAGAUUGGAACUUCUGUUCACAUUCGAAUGAGGGAUCACGCGAAUGCAAAGAACUACAGAUCAACGUUAAGUGUGAUCAUUACCGACAUGGUAACGAUAUCGUUAAACGACAGGCACCGAACCCUUUCAGUAAGCAAGAUAUCAGCACAUACGUGGUCGAUACAAAAAUACCAAUCAAGGGAAGUGCCGAUGGUACUCAAACCAUAGCCGAGGGAAACUCACGCCAAGGCAGACAACAGAAUGGUGAUACCUACGCAUUGGAGAUGGUUUUCCCUGCAGUCAACGAUCCAGUUGUCCAUUCAUCAAACGGAGAACGAUCAGAUGUGCGCGCACUUCUCGAAAAACUCAUCUUGGAAGAUGACCAGUUCGAUGUGCAGGACAUUUUGCCAAACACUUUCGCCGACCCAGCCUCUUUGGUACUUUCAUCCGAAUAUGCCUGCCCUGUGGGCCAGGUAGUAAUGGAACCUGACUGCGUUCCUUGCUCAGUAGGAACAUAUUUCAACAGCACGAGUAAGACCUGCAUAGACUGUCCCAAGGGAUCUUACCAGUCGGAGAUCGGCCAGCUGCAGUGUAAGAGCUGUCCGAACAUAGCUGGGCGAGCUGGAGUCACAUCGAUAACCGGUGCACGUUCUGCAGCCGAAUGUAAAGAACGCUGUCCUGCUGGAAAAUAUCUAGAUUCAGAAACUGGUUUGUGCCAGCCUUGCGGAUACGGCUUUUACCAGCCGAAUGAAGGUUCGUUCUCUUGUGAAAUUUGUGGACUAGGACAAACAACGCGCAUCGCGGAAGCAACAACCAAAUCCGAAUGUAGAGAUGAAUGCAAAUCUGGAAUGCAGUUGGGCGUCGAUGGCAAAUGUGAAGCAUGCCCACGUGGGACGUAUCGAACUCAAGGCGUUCAACCAGCAUGUGCCGGAUGUCCGACGGGAAGGACAACUCCGCGCGUUGGUGCGUCAAGCAUUGAAGAAUGUUCGUUGCCCGUAUGCGCACCCGGUACCUAUCUGAAUGGUACCAUUAACGUGUGCGUGGAAUGCGGAAAAGGGUUCUACCAACCGGAGCAGCAACAGACACUCUGCAUUCCUUGCCCACCAAAUCACAGCACCAAAACGAACGCUGCGACCAGUAAAUCAGAAUGCAUAAACCCAUGUGCCAAUGUUCCAGAUGGUCAACCGCAUUGUGAUCCGAAUGCGUUCUGCAUUCUUAUGCCUGAAUCUUUCGAUUUUAAAUGCGAAUGCAAGCCAGGUUUUAACGGAACCGGAAUGCAGUGUACAGAUGUAUGCGACGGUUUCUGUGAAAACUCAGGACAGUGUGUGAAAGACAUAAAAGGCGUUCCUUCGUGCCGCUGUAAAGGAUCUUUCACUGGUACCAAGUGCACUGAGAGGUCUGAAUUCGCGUAUAUUGCUGGUGGAAUAGCAGCUACAGUCAUCUUUAUAAUACUGAUUGUUCUACUCAUUUGGAUGAUAUGUGCAAGAGCAAACAAGCGCCGUGACCCUAAGAAGAUCCUGUCGCCAGCGGCCGACCAAACGGGGUCUCAAGUGAACUUCUAUUACGGAGCCCACACACCAUACGCGGAGAGUAUAGCUCCCUCGCAUCACAGUACUUAUGCGCAUUACUACGACGACGAAGAAGAUGGUUGGGAAAUGCCAAAUUUCUAUAACGAAGGCUACAUGAAAGAAGUCUUACACGGUACAAAUGGAAAAUUAAAUUCUUUGGCACGAUCUAACGCUUCCUUAUACGGCACAAAGGAAGAUCUGUAUGACAGAUUAAAGCGACAUGCCUAUACUGGCAAAAAAGAGAAAAGUGACAGUGACAGUGAAGGCAACUAGGCGAUUACUUCAUUUAAGUUUUAACUCAUCCAAUGCACAACAUCGAGAUGAUGGUGGCCAUCUUUAAGUUUCCCGCUGGCGCAAUACUCAAGAAGAACCAAUAAUUCUAAACCUAACUCAUUCGGGAAGUCUUCAAACAUUUAUACACUAUUUUUCUUACAACAGUUGGCGGCUUACCGAUCUAGAUAUCCCUAAAUCGAGUGAAGAAAAAGCCGUACAAAGUAAAAUAAUUGAUAAUUUUUUCUAAUUACCUAGAUAUCAUGUAAUUUUAUCUAGUAAUUUGUUAUGUUUUGGAACAAUUUUGUCAAAUGUAUUUUAAUUGAUUUAGGCUAGUAGACAAGUAGAACAGAUAUAUCCAAUUAAACUGAUAUCUCUUUCAUCUGUUUUAGAA